AUGACGCGCGGGGGACGCCAGGCGCGGACUGCCGCGGGAUGGCGCGCCCAGCCGCUGCUCCGGCUGCUGCUCCUGCUGGGGCCGCGGCUCGAGGCUGCGGGCGUCGCGGAGCCGCCGCUGCCUGCCGUGGUCCUAGCCAUCCUGGCCCGCAAUGCCGAGCACUCACUGCCCCACUACCUGGGCGCGCUGGAGCGGCUGGACUACCCCCGGGCCAGACUGGCCCUCUGGUGUGCCACGGACCACAACAUAGACAACACCACAGAGAUACUGCAGGAGUGGCUGGCAGCUGUGGGCGAUGACUAUGCAGCUGUGGUCUGGAGACCUGAGGGGGAGCCCAGGCCCUACCCAGAUGAAGAGGGUCCCAAGCACUGGACCAAAGAAAGGCACCAGUUUCUGAUGGAGUUGAAGCAGGAAGCCCUGACCUUUGCCAGGGGCUGGGGGGCUGACUACAUCCUGUUUGCAGACACAGACAACAUUCUGACCAACAACCAGACACUGCGGCUUCUGAUGGAGCAGGGGCUGCCAGUGGUGGCCCCAAUGCUGGACUCCCAGACCUACUACUCCAACUUCUGGUGCGGGAUCACCCCCCAGGGCUACUACCGCCGCACAGCAGAGUACUUCCCCACCAAGAAUCGCCAGCACCGAGGCUGCUUCCGUGUCCCCAUGGUCCACUCUACCUUCCUGGUAUCGCUGGGGGCUGAGGGGGCAUCCCAGCUCGCCUUCUACCCCCCUCAUCCCAACUACACUUGGCCCUUCGACGACAUCAUCGUCUUCGCUUAUGCCUGUCAGGCUGCUGGGGUCUCGGUCCACGUGUGCAAUGAGCACCGUUAUGGGUACAUGAACGUGCCUGUGAAGUCUCACCAGGGACUGGAGAACGAGAGGGUCAACUUCAUCCACCUGAUUUUGGAAGCACUGGUGGAUGGGCCCCCCAUGCAGGCCUCAGCUCACGUGUCUCGGCCCCCGAAGAAGCCCAGCAAGAUGGGAUUUAAUGAGGUCUUUGUUAUCAGCCUGGCCCGCAGGCCUGACCGCCGUGAGCGCAUGCUCAGCUCGCUCUGGGAGAUGGAGAUCUCUGGACGUGUGGUGGAUGCUGUGGAUGGCCGAAUGCUCAAUAGCAGUGUCAUCAGGAGCCUUGGCGUGGACCUGCUCCCUGGCUACCAGGACCCCUACUCGGGCCGCACACUGACCAAGGGCGAGGUGGGCUGCUUCCUCAGCCACUACUCCAUCUGGGAGGAGGUGGUUACCAGGGGCCUGGCCAAGGUCGUGGUGUUUGAGGACGACGUGCGCUUUGAGAGCAACUUCAGGGGGCGGCUAGAGCAGCUGAUGGAGGAGGUGGAGGCAGAGAAACUUCCAUGGGACCUGAUCUACCUCGGCCGGAAGCAGGUGAACCCCGAGGAGGAGGUUUCUGUGGAGGGGCUGCCAGGCCUGGUGGUGGCUGGGUACUCCUACUGGACGCUGGCAUACACCCUGAGCCAGGCGGGUGCCCGCAAGCUGCUGGCCUCCCAGCCCCUGCACCGCAUGCUGCCUGUGGACGAGUUCCUGCCCAUCAUGUUUGACCGGCACCCCAAUGAGCAGUACAAGGCACACUUCUGGCCACGGGACUUGCGGGCCUUCUCGGCCCGGCCUCUGCUCGCUGCCCCCACCCACUAUGCAGGGGAUGCUGAAUGGCUCAGUGACACGGAGACAUCCUCCCCCUGGGACGACGAUAGCGGCCGCCUCAUCAGCUGGAGUGGCUCUCAAAAGACCCUGCGCGGCCCCCGCGUGGACCUGGCUGGCAGCAGUGGGCACAGCCUCCGCCCUCAUCCCCGGGACGAGCUCUAG